AUGAAACAGUCACCGAGAUCGCCGAAAUCUCCGAGAUCUCCAACCGGAAACGCAAAUGGUGGGAUUUUGAGCCGUCUAGAGAAACUUCGUGCAAAACACAAGGAUGUCAAGAAAUCCACUUCCGCAGAGCUCCUGAAGUCCAAGGAACGCCUAGCAAGGGAACGCAUGGCGAAGUCGCAAGAAUUGAAUUGGUAUUCUCAGAGGUUCAACGAAUCUGGGAGAACUUUCUACAUGGAUACUUCUGAUGGUGGUAGUCACACAUCCAAUAGCAAUAGCUUUAGCAGCAAGGAAAAGAUUGACACCAAGAAGUUGCCUCUAGAGAAGAUCCGAGAACGACACAAUGAUAUCAAGAAAACCACUGGCGCUGAGCUUGCAAGAUCCAAGGAACGCCUAGCAAGGGAGAGGAUGGAACAGUCGCCAGUCACUAAGAAGUUGCCUCUGAAGAAGCUUCCAAACAGUCCUGCCAAACAAGCUACUGUCGCUCAUCCAGCGAAAUCGAAGGAACGCCUCGUUAGAGAGCGGAUGGCACAGUCGCAAGAUUUGAACUGGUAUUCUCAAAGGUUUAAUGAAUCUGGGAGAAGUUUCUUUAUGGAUGCUUCUGAUGGUCAUGUUACAACAUCCAGCAAUAACAGAAAGCCAGUCGCUAAGCAGUUGCCUCUAGACAAGCUUCCAGAACACAAAAGUCCGACCAAACAAGCUACUAUCACUGAUCAAGCGAAAUCCAAGGAGGGUUUAGUAAGAGAGCGAAUGGCACAGUCGCAAGGUUUGAACUGGUAUUCUCAAAGGUUUAAUGAAUCGGGGAGAACGUUCUUCAUGGAUGGUUCACAUGCUGGUGGUGAAGAGGGCGAUAGCAGUAGCAGCAUGAAGGCAGUCGCUAAGAAAGUGCCUCUACAUGUUGCCCUGAAAAAGGAAAAUGAGAAGCUUCGACGAAAACUUGAAAAAACAGAAUCCGAUCGCAAGCUUCUCAAAAAGAGGGUUUCGAAAAUCGUUGUUCCAACCCUUGGUACAGAGAGGGUCAUACUGAAGACAAAAUUGGUGGAGACUAAAGCGCAAUACUCCAAUUUGAAAAUCGAAUUGAGUGAAACAAAGAAUGAGCUGUCCGCAAAGGAAGCUUCGACUGUGGAGUUGAUGGAGAAAAUGAAACAAAUGAAGGAAGCCUAUGAUACUCUUGCAAGACAGAUGCAAUCAAAAAGAGGAAGUUUUUCAACGAUUCCAGAGGUAGUGGAUAUAGAGGAAUUACAAGCGGAAGUAAAGGAUCUGAAGCAUGAAAACAAGCGGUUACUAUUCGAAAAAGAGGCAUCGAUGAGGCAUGGUUUCAAUGCAAGAUUGGGGUCAAUAUCUGAGAAUCAUCUCAAUGGGCCCCUAUACAAUGAGAACGAGACUGAUCUGUCGACAACGACUGCGGACCUAACAAAUGCUGAAAUGAAGGUUAUGAAAGCUGGCGAAGAAAUCAAAGAUACUCAGGAUGCCUUGGAUCACGCACAGUCUCUCAUCGAAAAGCUCAAGAGGGAAAAGCAGAAUUUGGCGAAAAAGAUGCAUGACCAAUUAGAUAGAGGUCACAAGUCACAUUUGGAUUCUAUGCCUAGAUCAGCAUUAGAGUCAAAUCAGCGGCCAACGAUAGACACCAUUCAACGGCCAAUACACAAAGGGAUAUCACCAUCUAGAAAGAAAAAACGCGCGUUAUCUAUGGUGAUGAACGAUGCUGCGGUUGCCGCCAGAAUUGGCAGAGAUGCAUCUGUCGGCUAUGAUCUCUCUGAAGUGGAUCCCUCCGAGAGGAGCCUCCCGCAAGAGUUACCUGACAAUUUCCCUGAUGAUGACGAUAGCCUCCCGCAAGAGGCACUCGACAACUUCCCUGACAAUGAUGAUGUUGACACGAAGAUCCAGCCAGACCGAAGGAAGUGGAAAAGAACUGCAAGUACACUGAAUCAGGAUUUGCGAGUUUUGAAUGCCCAAGAUUUGAACAUUAUCAACCAGAGUUCUAUCGUCUUGACUUCGCUCUUUCUCAUCUGUGGAUUCCCAUUGCUUGCCCUGACCUUGUCGGUUGGAAGCAUUCUCAUUUACGGAUUCCAAAAAGAUGAAACUGUACCAUUUAACAAGGAUUCCCACAAAUACUUCUUGAUCAAUUGUACUGGUGUUAUCAUGUCUUUUGGCUCCUGGUCAUUUAUGGCGCAGGCAACGGAGGGUCCAUCUCGAACCCUGAAUUUUGUCUUUGCUACUCUGGUAAGGGAGUUCUCAGGCUUUGUUUUGGCGUGGUUCAUUUAUAUUGAUUUUAAAAGUCUGGAUGAACCCGAGGAGCUUGACAUUGUCGAAGUAAAGGUGACGAUUUUCGGAGGUCGUGAUCUAGUGGCAAAAGACAAGAACUUCUUCGGUAAGGCGAAGUCGUCGGAUCCUUAUGUUCGGAUUUAUCACGCAAGAAACUUCAUUGGUAAGACUCAAGUCGUUUGGAAGACACUGAAUCCAAGUUGGUCGAGGGCAAGCUUUACGAUCAUGGCUGUUCCCAGUGUGGUCGAAACUCACGAUGAGGUGAUAUGUCAUAUCUAUGAUCAUGAUACUCUAUCCGCGGACGACAGCAUGGGAACAGUGAUUGUUCCGAUACCCCCAAACUUCAACGAAAAGGUGCGUAAGUGGUAUGCCGUCACAAAUGGAUCGGGGGAUAACUAUUGCCGAAACGCCACGGGGCAUUUGGAUGUGGAAAUUGUCGUUCUGCCUAGACUAUCAAACGAGUUCAAAAGUCGACUAGGACAACGACGGGAAACCUUUCAGAAACCUAUUGAGCUACUCGAAAAGAAGAGAACCGCCAGCCACGAAGGAGUUCAAUCCCUUGGCGAAAUUACGGCCGAAACCAAACAAGUUUCAUCGUCUUCUCAGGAGGCAGUGGUGUUAAAAAUAUGA